AUGUCGUUGACUAUUAUUUCCUUAAUUUUUUUAAAGAAAGAUUACUUGACUAAAAUAUACUUGAUAUGUUUAAACAAGUGUUAAUUUGUAGAUUCGAGGUUUUAUGAAUGUGAGCAAAUUACAAAAUUUAAAUUCGGAGUUUGGAGUAUUUGUAAGAUGUGCGGUUGAGCGUUAAAGAAUAAUGAAAUGUCUAUUGAAUAACAUAAGUAUAUGCGGGUUACUUAUCAAAUCGUUCUUUGAAGAUUACUUUGAUAACGGCAAACUCAAGAAAGAAAUACAGUGUUUCUGUGUUAAUGAUUUCGAUUACGUUUGAUUUAUUCUUUUUAUUAUAAUACAUGAUCUAACCGGCGUAAGAGAACAAUUUUUUGAAAUAUAUUUAAUGGUGUGAGUGCUAAAUAUGUACGGCAUCAGAUUGUAUGAGUAAUUGUAUUUGAUUGAUGACAAACAUUCUGUGACCUUUGACGAAGUCGACACAGAAGUAAAAGAAAAAAAAAUAUGGUUCGAAUAAACGAGGAUGACUUCAGUUUGGCUUGCAUUAAAGAAGAAGUCGUUAACGUGAAACGUAAUUGUGAUUGCUGUGGUCGCCUCACUUUUCCCAGUUGCGAUACGGUGUGCAUCGAUAAAACGAAGAAAAAUGAUACGAAAUGUUGCAAUAGAAAAUAUUCCGAAGAAUCGACCUGUCAAUCGUCCUUGACGUCUUACGAUAGGCUCAAAGGGAAACAAUGCGUUCGAUCGAUUGCAAAAAAUUGUAAAAAACCUACGAUUGAAUGUACAAGAAUAAAAAAAUGUAUAAGAGAUCAUGUGGUUAAAGCUGACUACCUAAGAGGAAAACGAUCUAUCCAAUCAAUUGCAAAAAAUUGUAAAAAACCUAUGAUUGAAUCCGCAAGAAUCAACAAAUGUUUAAGAGAUAAUAUGGCUGAAGCUGACUGUUCAAAAGGAAAACAAUUUGUUCGAUCAGAGAAUUGUAAAAAACCUAUGAUUGAAUGUAUAAGAAACAAAAAAUGUAUAAGAGAUCAUGUGGCUGAAGCUGAUGUUUGUCAAGAUGGCGAAAGAAUUAAAGCGUGUAAAAACGCUCCACAUAAUAAAUGUAACGCUUCUUUAUCUUCGUUGAAUUCUACGAAUGGGGAUCGUAAUAACGUCUGUAAAAAUUUUUCUUUGGAAAAAAUAAAAAUGGAUUACGAAGACACUUGUCCAAAAAAAAAUUCGUGUAUAAAGUUUGGUUGCCUCGAAUUGGAUGAUCCUGAUGUCUGCGAACGUAUACCAUCUAUAAUAAAACAUAUCGAGCAAUGUAAACAGAAUUUUUUAGAAAUAAUCAAAGCCUCUUUGAUAAAUAUUGGAAAAAGUAACGACCCGGAGAAAAUAAUAGCUUCGACUUUACGAGCUGCCCGUGCUAAUGAACUCGAAAAUUCGUUGAAGGAACAAAAAUGGAGAAAUUCAAAUGUGUGCGAAUCUUCAUCAAGUCGUAAUGAAUUUGAAUCCACAAAGAAUUUAUGUAGAAACGAUUUUCUCUCUGCGGCUUGGACAGAGUUCAAGAAAUAUUAUAGAUCGCACAAACCGAAAGUUUGUGGGCCAUGUGGUGUCAACAACGCUGUACCUUGCAUAAAAACGAACGAUAGGUAUAAACCAGAAGUUUGUGGGCCAUGUGGCGUCGAUAAUGCUGUACCUUGCGUAAAAACGAACGAUAGGUAUAAACCAGAAGUUUGUGGACCAUGUGGCAUCGAUAAUGCUGUACCUUGCAUAAAAACGAGUGAUAGAUAUAAACCAGAAGUUUGUGGGUCAUGUAGCAUCAACAAUGUUGUACCUUGCAUAAAAACGAACGAUAGGUAUAAACCAGAAGUAUGUGGGCCAUGUGGCGUCAACAACGCUGUACCUUGUAUAAAAACGAACGAUAGGUAUAAACCAGAAGUAUGUGGGCCAUGUGGCGUCAACAAUGCUGUACCUUGCAUAGAAGAGAAUAUGUUCAAACCGGAAGUUUGUGGGCCCUGUGGCAUCGACAAUGCUGUACCUUGCAUAGAACUAAAGUCGCAAGGUUACAAAAACGAGGAGAUCAGUGAAUUCGUGAAGCUCAUAGAUCUGAAAUUGAGGGAAGAACUUACGAAGAAUCUUCGAAAGAAAUUAUGCUGUGAUGAUACGGUCGAACUGAAGAAUUCUUAUUAUUGUGUGGCGACACUUUGUCCGUGUAUGACAAAGAAUUAUAGUUUGAAAGGUCCUCUCGUACUUGGACCAUUUAAUUUUGGUGCGCAGGACGAACAGAUCGACGUGUGUCAAAACAAAUCGAAGAAAUCUGAAAGCAUCUGUAGUUCUUUGGAUACUCUUGAAUCUUUCCAUUAUUCUCAAUGCAUAAUUGACAGCAAUAAUUCUGUGAAUAUCUCCGCGAGUUCGAUUUGCUCACAAUUAGUCGAAUGUAAUGGAGCUGAGCCAACGGUAUAUUGCGAUUUUUCGCCAAAGUGUAAACAUCGAGAACCCAUCGUUCUCGAUCAUAAUUGCAGUUAUGUAUCCUGUCCGGACAGAAGAGCUGAAGAACACUUGGAAAAAUCAUAUACGAAGAAAUCAGAGGAAGUUGCAAAAUGGGGCAAGUGUCGCAGCAUGUUCAAUUCGUCGUCAAUGAAAGAAAACAAAAAAUUGAAGAUAUGCAAAGAAAUGGGUCUUAGUAUGGAACAACUUGAAAAAGAGUCGAGAGAAAUUAUUUGUAGGCGCGAGAACGGCGACGAAGAGAAAUAUUUGUUAACUCAUGUGUGUGGCUUGGAUGAACCAUGCGCAUCGAAAUUGCAUAUAUGUAAACACGAAGAGGACGUAUGUAAGAAUAUUUGCAGUAGAUCCUCGCAUAUUUGUCGAGUCGGUCUUGAUGACGUCUGUAUUAGCGGUGAUAAUUUUGAUAAUUUGGAGAGAUUUGAAAAUAUUGGAAGUUGUGGAUUUGCUAAACUCUGUCGAAAGCUUUUUAAAUGGGUCCAUUGCAUAUCAAAAAAUUGGAAUGAAAUAAGAAGUCAUCCCUAUAUCGUCGUCCAUUUACCUUCUUUGAGUUACUCCGACAAAUUGAGGUGUAGAGCAAGAAAGACCUUCGAUUUUUUGCAAAACAUUCAAGUUACCAACGUCUUACACAUCCUAUUCUCGCAUCAAACUUCAAAAUGAAGAACACACGAUUUUCUGCAGGUAGGUCGCAUAGGAUGGUUAGAUGAUUCAAACGUUCAGAUACUUUACGUUUUCCCGACACCGCAAAGCGAGGAAUUGUUGACGAUCUUGAAAAAUUUAAUAGUUAGUGUACGUCCGGAUAUCGAUAUAUCGAAGAGAUUGUGGAUGCUAGAACCGGAACCGAAAUGGUAUAUUUUUCUGUUUAAAUUUAAGCCGAACUGAAUUAUGUACGUACAUAUGAACCAUUGACUCUCUUUUAUACUACAGAAUAAGAGAAUUGUUAUAUCACGGUAAAACGCAACACUGUGAAUAUGAAUGUGAAUCUCAUUGAAGAUCGUUUGUUUUUGCAGUCUUUUGAAGAAUUGUGUUAGCGGUAGCGCCAAUUUAUUUUUUUCGUCGGACGUCUAUCGAAGAGUCCGAUACUUAACAGCUGGCAGACAUGCUUUCAUUUUACCCGGAGUGAUAGAUCAAAAAAAUAUCUUCAUUGCUUGCGAAUUACAAAUACCGAUAAUGGGUAAAUAAUUGUAAAAUCAUUACCAUACGAAAUUGUUAUUUCGGUUCAUUUGGUCAAUUGCAAUGAUUGCAUCAUAGCCGUACAAGAUAAGACAGAGAAACGGGUGGUUAUAAAAAUUGAUUUUUUCAGACAUCUUUGGAUAACGUGAUUAUUUCGUCAUCAUUUCAACAGCGUGACUAUUGUCGUGUUCACACAAUAAAAUGAUUUUUUGUUAAGAUAA